UUGGCUCCUUUAUUUGGGUGCCUCUGGUGCGCGAGGAAAUGAUAAAGGUUCCUUCUUUGGAAUCUUGGAGCUCCGGGGUGGUUUGCUAGAAUAGGGGAUUUGAGCUGGGGAUGAUUCAUGUUCAAGAUUGGUAGUUAGGAUUAGGGCAGGUUGCUUAACCUUGGUAGGUUAGUCUCUUCCUAUUUGGAUGCUUGUGUGGGAAUUUUUUCGGUGCAAUGGUGACGGUUGCACUGAGAUGUAGGAUAUGGUUUGAAGUUGUGAUCAUAUAAGCAUGUUCCUGAUGGUUUCUUUUUUGUUGUGGAUGCUAGGCUACUGGCUCCUCUAUAGAUUUUUCUGCCUUUGCCUCUUUGUCACCAGGCUAUCCAGGUGGUUAUGGAAGGAUAGCUAAUUUUAGUCGCCUUGUGUGUGUUUAUAUGUUUUCCUGUUGGCAUAAAUGUGUUGAACAGCAAAUACGAUCGACUCACAACUCACAAUCGAGGUUGAUUGAAUUAGGAAUACUGUGUAACCAGGUGUCCAGGCUACACAAUUUUGUCCCAAAGUGUUACAUUGCAAACAUUGAGGUCGAUGUUAGUACUGUAAGUAAAGAAGAGGAUUUUGAUGAUCCACCAUCACUGCCACCGGGAUGCUCCAUUCCGGUUGUUAAUCUUCAUGGAGAUGUUCUAGAUUCUAGUCCUUUUUCACUGUAUGAUAGGGCCUCCUGUCCUUCUGAUUUUGAAGAGCUGCCGGUCUUGUCUGAAGGAGAGCAACAUACUUUGGCCUCCACUCCAGCUCAUCCUGCUGGACUAUACGCUCUAUAUGCUAGUUACUUAUUUGGUAACUUGGUGGAACAACUGUGGAAUUUUGCUUGGCCUGCUGCACUGGCAAUUCUUCAUCCAAGUCUAUUGCCUGUUGCUAUUGUUGGUUUCUUCACAAAGCUUUCAGUGUUUAUCGGGGCACCAAUAGUUGGCAAGCUUAUGGACCAUUUCCCUCGAAUACCCAUGUACACCGCAUUGAAUGCUGUGCAGGUAGCCACUCAGUUGAUAUCAGCUGCAACGGUCAUCUAUGCUCUAAAAAAUCUGAGACAUGCUUCUACAACAGAUGUGGUUCUGAGACCUUGGUUUAUUGCACUAGUGGCAGCUGGAGCUAUUGAAAGGCUUGCAGGAUUGGCGCUAGGAGUUUCCAUGGAGCGGAAUUGGGUUGUCUUGUUAGCAGGAACAAACAGGCCCGUUGCACUAGCUCAAGCAAAUGCUGUGCUUAAUCGACUUGAUCUAAUUUGUGAGACAGUCGGUGCUUCAGUUUUUGGCCUACUGCUAUCGAAAUACCAUCCUGUGACCUGUUUGAAGAUUGCUUGUGGUCUAAUGAUAUGCAGUUUCCCCGUUCUGGUUAUGUUGGGUCAACUAAUUAACAGAGUCUCGUGCCAUGCACUUGAUUCCUCUAGAACCACCACUGAUGAAUCUAUUUGUAUUGAUCUGUUAGAUGUGCGCAAGUUAGUUCAAAAUAGUUUAAGUGCUAUCAAGCAUGGCUGGAAUGAGUAUAAGCAGCAAACAGUUCUACCUGCAAGUGCAGCUACUGUGUUUCUAAAUUUUAAUGUUGCACUUGCCCCGGGUGCCAUAAUGACUGCAUUAUUGAUGCAUCGUGGUAUUAGUCCGUCCAUUGUUGGUGCUUUCAGUGGAUUGUGUUCUGUCAUGGGCCUUGUUGCAACAUUCAUCUCCUCAAGCCUGGUUCAAAGAGUUGGAAUUCUAAAGGCGGGAGCUGCUGGAUUGAUAUUUCAAGCUUCACUCCUGUCCGUUGCGCUCACAGUGUAUUGGGCUGGUUCAAUUUCGCAAAGGACACCUCUACUUAUAUUCCUAGCAUCCAUUGCACUGUCUCGGUUGGGCCACAUGUCUUAUGAUGUUGUCGGGACCCAGAUCGUCCAAACUGGUGUUCCUGCUUCAAAAGCAAAUCUAAUUGGAGGAAUGGAGGUUUCAAUUGCAAGCCUUGCAGAGUUAGUCAUGCUUGCUAUGGCUAUUAUUGCGAACGAUGCCUCCCAUUUCGGCUUCUUGGCAAUCCUGUCUGUGUCGUCAGUUGCUGGGGCAGCGUGGAUGUUCUGUCGGUGGUUAACUAAUCCAACAGAUGAGCAGAGGGAACUCUUCAUGUUUGAUCCCCUUUACCAAGUUAAAGCAAUAUAGUAGAUGAUGCAGGAUACUCCCAACACAGCUAGGAAAACUACAGGAGCCUACUUGGCUGAUGGUGUUUGUUGGAUCUGCAAUACUCUUAUGAUGAUGUGAAGAUAUGCUGUGACAUUUAGGUUCGAUACAGCAUACACUUAGGACAGAAGCAUUUGCUCCUCUUAGUCUCAGCCACGUGCAGGAUUCAAUUUGUAUACUCUCUACUUAAUUCAUCUCCCCACCUGUACAUUACAUAUAUGAUCUGUUUAAACGUUGCUUGUUAUAGCUGAUGUAGAACAUUAACAGUCAACUGUAGUACUGAAUAACAUCUAACCACCUCUUCUUUCCUCACUGUCCCCCUCUGAUGCCGCAAAUGUUUAACACUGUAACUGGAUCUUAUUAAGUGAAUUCACUGUGUUCUUUAUUCUGUCCA